AAGGUAAUCCUCGUGGCAGCCCUGGCAGCCGUUACGAUGGCUGAGCUUCCUCCCUACAACCCUCCAGUUAACUCCUAUAACCCUCCACCUCCCUCCUACAAACAUCCAGCUCCCUCCUACAACCCUCCAGCUGGCAAUCCCAAGUACGACUUCAACUGGAAAGUGAAGGACGACCCAUCAGGUAACGACUUCGGCCACCAGGAGUCUCGUGACGGCUACAACACUCAGGGCGCCUACUAUGUGCUGCUUCCCGACGGUCGUCUACAGAGGGUUUCCUACACCGUGAACGGCGACUCUGGCUAUGUGGCUCAAGUUGAAUAUGAGGGUGAAGCCCAGUACCCAGCCUACCAUCUCAGGCCUUAUUGA